GUUCUCAAGAAGUCCGGUGUCAUCUACGGCGAGGACGUCAAGACCGUAAGCUGCUUUGCGAGCCAUAACAAGCUCGAAAGAAUCUUCGCUAACCUCUUGGACUGCAGNCUCUUCAAGUACGCCCAGGAGAAGAAGUUCGCCAUCCCUGCCAUUCGCUCANNGAACUGCACUUCUUCCUCCACCGUUGUUGCCUCGCUCGAGGCUGCCCGCGACAACAAGGCUCCCAUCAUCCUCCAGGUUUCCCAGGGUGGUGCUGCCUACUUCGCUGGUAAGGGUGUCGACAACAAGAACCAGGAGGCUUCCAUUGCCGGUUCCAUUGCUGCCGCUCACUACAUCCGCGCUGUUGCCCCUGCCUACGGUAUCCCCGUCGUUCUUCACACCGACCACUGCGCCAAGAAGCUCCUUCCAUGGCUCGAUGGCAUGAUGGAGGCUGAUGAGGCUUUCUUCAAGGCCAACGGCACCCCUCUAACUCCAGUNUUCUCUUCCCACAUGAUUGACCUGUCUGAGGAGGAGGUUGACUACAACAUCCAGACCACCAAGAAGUACCUCCAGCGUGCUGCCCCCAUGAAGCAGUGGCUCGAGAUGGAGAUCGGUAUCACCGGUGGUGAGGAGGAUGGUGUCAACAACGAGGACGUUGACAACAACUCCCUCUACACCCAGCCCGAGGACAUCUACGAGAUCUACAAGACCCUCUCCGAGGUCUCGCCCUUCUUCUCCAUCGCCGCUGGCUUCGGUAACGUCCACGGUGUCUACAAGCCCGGCAACGUCAAGCUCCAGCCCGGUCUCCUCUCCAAGCACCAGAAGUACGUCCAGGAGAAGAUUGGCUCCAAGGAUGACAAGCCCGUCUUCCUCGUCUUCCACGGUGGCUCUGGCUCUUCCGUCGAGGAGUUCCAGGAGGCUAUCUCCUACGGUGUCUGCAAGGUCAACCUCGACACUGACCUCCAGUACGCCUACACUGAGGGUAUCCGUGACUACAUGGUCGGCAAGAAGGACUACCUCAGCAGCCAGGUCGGCAACCCCGACGGUGCUGACAAGCCCAACAAGAAGACCAUGUCCAAGCGUGUCGCUGUCGCCCUCAAGGACUUCAACACUGCCAACCAGCUU